AUGGAACCUGAAUAAUUGAUAGAUUAAUUAAAUGAUAUAUUGUUGGCAGACCAUUUCAGAUUUAUAGAGGUUAUAGGAAGAGGCAGUUUUGGUGUAGUAGUGGCUGCGUUUUGUAGUAAUCUAGAUCGAGUGGUGGCAAUAAAAGUUAAUUCCAAUAUUAGAAUUAUCAUAGAUAACAUCGAAUGUUGAUCAAGAGAACGAAGCCAAUUUGCUUAAAGCUUGUUGCCAUUAAAAUAUUGUUAAGCUUUACAAGGUAUGCCAUUUUUUUUCAUUAUAGGUGUUAGUAGCUAAUAAUCAUCUUUAUCUCAUAAUGGAGAGACUGGUUGGUUUAACUCUAGACAAAUUGAUGAAACAAUCUAUGUUGUCAGAAUAGAGCGUUAGAAACUAUAUGACUCAAAUUUUAAAUGCUUUGGUGUUUCUUCAUAGAAAGAACAUUAUCCAUAGAGAUCUUAAGCCAGGUUAAUUUAACUACUAUAAUAGAAAAUAUCUUUAUUUGUGAAAAUGCAUGCGUUAAAUUAAUAGAUCUAGGCUUAGGAUAAGAGAUUGUGUGUAAAGGAUGCGUCUAUUAAUCAGUUGGUACUCCUUACUUUAUUGCCCCAGAAGUCAUUUUAGGAAAGGAUUAAAGCCAAGUAUGUAAUUGCUAUCUCUAAUUUAGGCUGUUGAUAUUUUCAGUUUAGGGAUUAUAUUCUAUAUGAUGAUCAACAAUUUGUAACAUCCUUUAUGGGACGGACAAAUGAGAAAAAGACAUUACUACGAAUUGAUCUCAAAUGAAUUUACGAUUAACUUCCCCAAAACAAUGCCUGAGUAUUCUCUAAAUAUCAUAUUUAAUAGGAUGGCAAAAGAUUUUGUGUUGAAUACUGUUUAAUUCAGGGCAGAAAACAGGAUGACGGCCUUGUAAUGCUUAGAACAUCCUUGGAUUAAAGGAAAAGCAGUUAAAACACAUCCCAUGACAACAAGAGAAAUCAUGUUAAGAUACAACAUUUAAUAAAAGCUGUAACAUGUAAAAAUCAUGAAUUAAUUAGGUAAUUAAAUCAUUAAUGUUUAUAAAAACUCUUCAAUAAACAUGUGAAGAAGAGAUUCACUACAUAAAAACAAGCACUUCCCCUUUGAGAGAUGAUAAGGAAGAGGAUCGAAUCUCUCCUGAAAAUGACUAGUAGGUCACUGCAAGAUUAAGUGUUGAAUUGACCAAUAAAAAACAAAAAUCAUUUAAACUACAUGCCAUUCCACUUAAAAAAGUAAGUUCAUAUAAAGAUCUAGUGUCUUUAAGGGAAAAGUAAACAAAUCAAAAGAAAUAUCAAUGUAUAAACAUGUAUUUUAAUAAGAUAUGAUAUCAAGGUUUAGAGAGAAAUUGUCUAUGGCCAAUCAAUUCAAAACCAAUGGGCAUCCUAACUUUGAAUCUCCAAUGAGUCAUCGAAAAUUAACUACUCUACCUUCAAUUAAUACUAAUAGGUUAUAAAGAUAAUCAACUUUUAAUUUUAAAAUUUUGUGA